UACCUGACAGACAACCUCAGGGCAUUAAAGAUUCAGAUGUAUCUCUGUCGAUUGAUCGGGCAAACAGUAUCAUUCAAGAUUCACAUGAUCCCUGCUGCUGCCUGUGAGCUGCUGAACAAAUAUUAGCUGUCUACUGUCAGUAAAGGUAGGCUGUUUGUUUGAAUCCAGAAACCAGAAACAUGCGGGGUUCAGGUUUACUAUGUAAAGGUCUAUGGUUGGUUAUAUGCCAGGCUGCUUCAAGUUUGGCUGAGACAAACAUGACGGGCAUGCUGGCACCACAGGCCAAUCGGGUCAUGGCGAUUGGAGAAUGGGAGGAACGCUGGCAGGAGGACAGGAUUGGUUUCCAUCAGCCUGGUGUACACCAGAUGCUGGAGACACACAUUGAAAAAGUUCUCGCCGGGCGGACUGGAGUUCGCUUCUUCUUCCCUCUGUGUGGGAAAGCUGUGGAUAUGAAGUGGCUGGCAGACAUGGGCCAUUCAGUGGUGGGGGUGGAGAUAUCUGACAAGGCUAUAAAGCAGUUCUUCGGGGAGAACAAUAUGACUUACAGUGAAGAGGAUGUCCCUGCCAUACCUGGAGCAAAGGUUUACAAGGGCUCAGAGAGAAACAUCUCCCUCUAUCAAUGUAACCUGUUUAACUUCUCCAGUUCUGUUGGGGGUCAGUUUGGGGCUAUUUGGGACAGAGGAUCUCUGGUGGCCAUCAACCCACAAGACAGGGAAAAGUAUGCCGCUCUCAUCACUUCCCUCAUGGCCAAAGACUGCAAAUACCUCCUGGACACUUUACUGUACAAUCCUGAAUUAUAUGCAGGCCCUCCAUUUUUAGUCCCGGACGAGCAAGUGAAAAGCCUGUUUGGAAACAGCUGCAAUAUCGAACUCCUGCAGUCGGUGGACGCGCUGCUUGACAGACACAGAGGCUGGGGGCUGGAUUAUCUGACUGAAACUGUACACAUCAUCACCCUAAAAAACAACUAAAAACUUACAUGAAAGUUUAGAGAGCUUUAAGAAAGCAGUUCUUAGAAAUGUCAUUGCUAACACAGAUCCCACUUAAAAAGGUUUUAUUGCUCAGACCUCUUUUUGAUUGUUACAUUUUGGGGCAAAUAAUCCUGCAUGUAAAAUAAAUCAAGAGAAUUUAUAAAAGUAGUUUGAAGCUCACUAUUUUUUAUACAGCCUUGAAGAACUGUAACAUAAGAUUUGAUUGCCUGAAAAAUUAAAAAUGUCAUUUUAAUAAAGUGUCUCUGUCUUUA